GACGAAAAGGAUAUAACAGAGAUGCUUCGUAAAGCCAUCAUGUUACGCCGAGCUUUCGAUCCUCAAUCGCGAGAAGAGAGAGUCAACCCAAUCCUCAUGGACAACUUGGCUAGAUCUGACGGACAAGAGCAAAAGCUGCCCUCGGUCUCAGGCGACGUGGUUGUGGAAGUCGUGGAUCGUAUACUUGCACAGAACGAGGAAGAACACCACAUGAACGUACGAUCUCUACUAGCAACUAAGUUCGCGGAACAAACGGAGCUCUUGGCCGAGAAAGUGCAGCGCUUACGGAACGAAUACAUGAUGCUACACGAACGAUGGGUGGCACACUGUACACAUCUCGAUUCGUUAUUCAAGGCGAAUGAUAUGCAGGAAGCCUUGACACAGGCAGGCCGAACAACGCGUCGUUCCGCUGCGACGUUGGGAGACGCGGUUAGAUCUGACCUUGAGAUGGAGCAAAUUAUUGCAAGCCUCGGUAAUGAAGAUCUGACAGACCCCAAUCAUUUGGCGGUUCGCAACGUUGCGAAGAUACCCGACAUGAUCUCUGUUGUGAAGGGCUACGUUGAUCAUAUGUUCGAUGACACAAAUAACGUGGUUGACGAUCCGGAGGCAUUCUACGAUCCGCGAAGUGGUUUCUUCGACUGGACACCCGAAGAAGAGGCUAUUUUCUACGCUAAAUAUGCCGAAUACCCUAAACAAUUUGGAAUCAUC